AUGUCCAAGGAACCUAUAGCAGCGAUACAAGAGAUUAAACAAAAAGGUAACAGCAUAACAGAAAUAGGGAAUUACAUAUUCUCCAAUAGUGGGAACGAGAACAGGAUUCCUCGUAAGAAAGAACCUAAAAGAAGUAGUCACGUUCAAACCAAUCUCCGAAAAAUCAGCCUGAUAAAUAUUCACGCACCGACGGAAAAAAAAGACCUAGAAACAAAAACAGAGUAUUAUGAAGAAUCAUUGAAAGAAUACCAGAAAAUACCAAAAUAUGACAUCAAAAUUAUUAUAGGAGACACGAACGCCAAAAUAGGUAAAGAACAGAGAUAUCGACAUAUAAUUGGAAAACAAAGAAAACAGCAUGAUAGUAAAAAGCACAGUUUUUGCACGCAAAAAAUACAUAAAGGUACUUGGAUAUCUCCAGAUGGCAAGACGAUCAACCAUAUAAAUCGUGUAUUAAUAGACAAAAGAAAUGCACAACUAAUCACCAACAUAAGAAGCUAUAGAGGGGCCGAAUCAAGUACAGACCACAUUUUAGUAAUAGUACAUACAGAAGAAGAAAUGCCAAAAAAGGAAAAAAUUGACAGGGCACAACAAGACAUAGAUUUAAGAAAAUUCAAAGAGGGUAUACAACAACAGUACGAACAAAAACUGACAGACAGCAUAAAGAAAAACAGAAAGACAGACUCGCUAGAAGAAAAAUGGGAAAUGCUACAAAACAUUAUAUGGACUACCAAAAAAGGCGUAAUAAGAUUCAAAACAAGCCACACGAACAAAGCCGAACGGUUUGAUGACGAACGUAAAACAGCAUUAGAAACUGGAAGAAAAGCAAGAGAGACGUACAUGAGAACAAGAAAAGAAGAACAUCAAAAGCAGUACCAACAAGAAUAUAUGCAGAAACAAAAACGUACCAACAUGGAAGCACAGAUACGACAGAUUGAAGAAAAUUUAUGUAAGAAAGAAAUAAAGAAUUUUUACCAAGAUGUCAAACAAAAGAGGAAAGGUUACCAACCAAAAGUAAUCUACUACAAAGAUAAAGAAGGAAAUUUAAUAGGAGACGAGCAAGCAACUGUAAAACGAUGGACAGAAUACUUCGAAGAACUAUUAAACGAACAGACCACAAAUCAAGGCAUAAGCGAAUUCAGUAACAAUAGGCGAGAAGACCUGAAUGAAAUACUAAAGCAAAUGAAGAACAACCAAACUCCAGGCAGCAAUGGAAUAAGACCUGAGAUGUUGAAGUAUGGAGGAGAAGAAUUUGUAGAAGAAAUACAUCGACUGAUAGUAGAAUGUUGGAAAAGCGGAUAA